AUGAUGUCUGAAAAAGCGAAGUUGAUUGGAGAUAUGACGUCGUAUGACAAAAUUAUGGCUGCAACAGAUCCUAAGACACACAAGUUCUUGGGUCGAAAUGUGCGUCCUUUCGACUAUGCUGAACGGGAGCGUCGUCGUGAAGAGAUCGUGCUGACGGGGUCGUACGCCAAAUUUGCUCAAAACCAUGACAUGGAACAUCAUCUACUGGAGAGGGGUACCCGCCUCCUUGCAGAAGCCAGCCCCUUCGAUCGUGUUUGGGGUAUCGGCAUGUCUGCAUGCUUUCCAGAUGCUAGCGUUUCAUCCAAGUGGGCGGCUAGCGGUAAAAUCUUGUUGGGAAAAGCUUUGAUGGAAGUUCGUCGUCACAGAAGGACCCGGGCGAAGACCCAGCUUGUCUACGUUUGGGCGCUCCAGGGGACCAUGCUCCUGAACGUUCAUCUGGUGGCAUCGACCUCCGGUUGUGCAGACCAGCCUCCUCUUCUCAAACAUGGGCCCGAUCUGGUCGGCGACACGCUCCUGUUGGACUCGGACUCAUCCACCACCCGGGUCCUGCUGCAUGGAGGACCUACAGCCACUUCUCAGCUCACCCGAGUGGCGCUUCUGGACCCUGGGUUUCCUGCGUCCUUCGUGUCCGACUCCGUGGUCACCACCAUGAUAGCUGCUGGAGCCCUGACAGCUGGCAGCGUUCGUGUUUCGCCCUCUCGUCGUUGGGGUGGGUUUGGUGAUGGACUCGCCCUUGUGACCACCCGGUCAAAUCGUCUCACCGUUAAUUUUCUCCAUGGAGAUAGGGCUACCGCUUCCUUGGCGGUCUGGGCCUGUGUUGUUCCAGACGCCGCCAUGGGGAACGCCGUGCUUCUGGGUCGUGAUAGCUGGAUGCGCUUCAACUCUCGCGUGUUCACCGCCCUCCCCCACCCUGGAACGGACGGCCGGGUGAUGGGCGAUCUCACGCUCUCUCCGCGUUUUACAGCUGGCGCUUGCGUUUACGCUACACANACCACCCGGUCAAAUCGUCUCACCGUUAAUUUUCUCCAUGGAGAUAGGGCUACCGCUUCCUUGGCGGUCUGGGCCUGUGUUGUUCCAGACGCCGCCAUGGGGAACGCCGUGCUUCUGGGUCGUGAUAGCUGGAUGCGCUUCAACUCUCGCGUGUUCACCGCCCUCCCCCACCCUGGAACGGACGGCCGGGUGAUGGGCGAUCUCACGCUCUCUCCGCGUUUUACAGCUGGCGCUUGCGUUUACGCUACACAUGACGACGCUCCUGCCUCCUCGUUACACCUUAAACAUGCAAGGAGCUCGGGAAUUUCCUUGGGGCCGGAGCCUGCACUCGUUGAGAUGGACCUCGUUCGUUCUUCUGGCAUGCCUGCGCUGAUUGGAGAGUAUCUGGUAUCGUUCAAACCUGAAGUGGGUGCGCUUUCGUCCCCAGAUGCGUUCGUUUCCAAUGGUCUGCAGCGUAUUCCCCUUGCAGUUUGUGCCGAGCUGGAGCCGGGAGACGUUAUUGGAGUGUCUGCCGCGCCUCCACUACGAGUACCGGUGGAAACCCUGAAGGCGGCACCAUCUUCGAUUCCUACUGGCACCACAACAUCUACGUCACCCCCUCGGGUCAACGCCGUUGGCCCCAAGUCCGGGACUCACCGCUCUCCGGACCCAGCCUCCGCCCCGCCUCCUCCGAAGCUUCCUCCACAAGAACGACUUGACCGCUUCUCUGAGGCACAGCGCUCCAGCUUCAUGCGGUUGUGGGCUAGGCUGCCCGCACAUAUGCACAACAUCGCUUUCGAUCUACACAAUCCGGGAUGGACACCGGAGGCUAUUGAUCGUUUGGCCGAGGCCCUUGUGGAGUAUUCUGACGUGUUCUCUACUUCGAAACCCGAUUUUGGUUCCUCCACCAUCAUGCCGUUCACGCUUUCUGUCCCAGCAGGGACGAAGCCCGUUGCAUCACGCCCGUAUCGUAUCAACCCGUUGAUGCAAAAGAAAAUGGAUGCCGUUUUGGACCAGUAUUUGGCGGCAGGGCUCAUUCAACAUUCCACGUCUCCGUGGGCUUCUCCUUUAGUUGUCACCCCCAAGAAGGACGCAUCGGUUCACAUCACCGUCAACUACAAACGUCUCAACGCUCUGGUGGAUUUGGAUGGACAACCUCUCCUUCGGGUGGACGGUAUCUUGGAUUUUCUGUACACCGGUAAAGUGUUCUCCAUCUUCGACCUCAACUGGGCUUUCCACCAGAUCGUUUGUGAUGAAGACACUGUCCUGCUCACCGCCUUUUUAACUCUCACGCAGUUGUUAGGAUGGCUUCAGAUGCCGCAGGGAGCCAACGCAAGUCCGUCUUGGUUCGUCAAGGUCAUCAACAGAGUGGCGCACGGUCUGGAGCGUGUGCUGGCGUAUCUGGACGACGUCAUCUGUUUCGAUAAGGAACCUCUGGGACACGCGCUGAACACGAUCGAGUUCUUCAAACGACUGCGACAGUACAACCUCAAACUGUCUUUAGGGAAGGCUCGCGUCGGCGCCACGCACGCCAACUUCCUCGGUCAAACCAUCUCUCCAGCCAGUGUUAGCCCUGAUGGCGUUAAGAUUAGGGCGCUCACGCACAUGCCGCCGCCGACGAAUGUUAAGCAGCUUCGGAGUCUUCUCGGCGGACUCAGCUACUACCGGAAAUUCCUCAAGAAUCUCGCCACCAAGGUGCGGCCUCUAAACUUCCUUCUCAAGCAAGGCGUUCCCUUCAAGUACACCCCGGGCAUGGUCAAGGUUGUCCAAACGUUGUUAAGCGAACUCGCUCGCCCCCCGAUUUUGGUCUUCCCGGCUUGGGCAGCAAUCGAGCACAACAGCCGUCCUCUUCGUUCGUGUUCCGACGCGUGUAUCGACGGAUUUGGCGCCUCUUUGGAACAAGAACAGCUCGAUGGCUCGGUGAGACCCAUCGUGUACAUCAGCCGCGCUGCUCUUCCUGCGGAGCGUAACUGGACCGUUUUGGAUCUGGAGGCUGUUGGCAUUGUUUGGGCCAUCAAACGCCUUCGCGGUUAUCUGUGGUCGACCAAGUUCAUCAUCUAUUCGGACCACAAAAAGCAUUGGAGAGCAUUGGCAAGGGGCCUGAGUCGAACGCCGCAAUUCAUCCCUGCUGGACGCCAUUCACAAGCUCCCUCAAUUUUCCGUUGGCGGGUGGUCUUGGUGUACAACACGGCUGCUACAAUUCGACAGGGUGUGCAGAAGGACACGGACCAACAGGUGCUCAAGGCCAAAUUCGCACUUUCCUGGACGGGGCCCUACAAAGUUCUUGCGGUGGGUCUCGCCUCUGCCGACGCCACUCCGGACGGCCGCCCGUUGGCGAGUAAACUCCUCUAUCUGGACCUGCCUUCCGAUCUUUCCGGUCCGGCAGCUCGUUGUCGCGUGUCUGUUCUUCGCUGCAAGCCCUGUCGCAAUCCGUACGAGACGGACGACUUGCCGCAACCACUACCCGCCGAGCUUUCAAGGGUAACCGUACAUAUCGAGUGGCUCGGACUCGCGCGGCACAGCGGGAGCUAG